AUGGACACUGACGAUGAUCAAAAAAUGGCCAUGCUCCGCAAGGCAUUCCAGAUGUUUGACACCACAAAGUCUGGUUACAUUGAUUGCCUUAAAAUUUCCACUAUUUUGAACACAAUGGGUCAACUUUUCGACGACUCUGAACUCCAGGCUCUCAUUGACGAAAACGAUCCAGAAGGUUCGGGUAAAAUCAAUUUCGAUGGAUUCUGCAACAUCGCCUCCCAUUUCUUAGAAGAAGAAGAUGCUGAAGCCAUGCAACAAGAACUUAAAGAAGCUUUCAGGUUAUACGAUCGUGAAGGCAACGGUUACAUCACCACUUCCACACUUAAGGAGAUCCUCGCUGCGUUAGAUGACAAACUUAGCAACGCUGACCUGGAUGGCAUCAUUGCUGAGAUUGACACAGACGGUUCCGGAACUGUUGACUUCGAUGAAUUCAUGGAGAUGAUGACUGGCGACUAA